UCCCGGCGCUGAAUAAAAAAAAAGUUUGUUUUGUCCGCGAGGAGUUUCUGCAUGAUCACAUUUUCCAGUUAAAACUCGCGUGUAAUCGGCCUUCAAAUCCACAAAUAUGGACGAUCCAGAGCUCGAGGCGAUCCGCCAGCAACGUUUGCAGCAGAUGCAGGGCUCCAAUCCGGAGCAACAGAAGGCCCAGCAGGAACAGCGGCAGGCACAGGAAGAGAUGAAGAAUUCGAUGCUAGUUCAGCUGCUGGAUCAGGAUGCACGUGCCCGAUUGAAUACGCUUAAGCUGAGCAAACCGGAGAAAGCACAGAUGGUGGAGGGCAUGAUCAUUCGGAUGGCCCAAAUGGGACAGAUCGGAGGGCGGCUGGACGACGCCAGUCUGGUGAAGCUACUGGAGAGUCUUAACCAACAGAUGCCUCGAAGCAAUUCUACCGUCAAGUUCGAUCGACGCCGAGCAGCUAUGGAUUCCGAUGAUGACGAUGAUGAUUAUGGUAUAUGAAAAGGCCCCCGUUGAGAGUGAUCACCUUCCUUCACCCACGCUCCGUGUCAUCUUGUGUGUUCGCUUAGCUGAAUAAAAGAAAGCAACAAAUACUCUCUCAACACGAGUGGGGGGUGGUUGGAUUAAAAAUGAG